AUGCAUGGAGUACAACGUCUGUCCAAAGACGAAUUUGACCUUAGGGACGAAGUCAUGUCCUGUAUCGCGAAGUCGAUUGGCCUCUUGCAGCCCCCUUUGAGCGGCGAAGAGUCUGUAGAGGCGUCUCCUGCUUCCCCCCCUAGUGAUGCAGGCCGCUCGCGCGGCGGAGUAUUUGGUACCUCGUUCGGGUCUUUGUCGCCGCCGGAGAUGGUCGACGAUGCUUCUUCAAGCGUGACCGGGUCUUCGUCCGGCAGAGGUGAUGGCUACCUCAGUGGAUUGGACAACGAAGUAGAAAUCUUGUUUUUCCCUGCCGGCUCCCUCUUGGCCAAAGCUGGCCAGAGAAAUACCGGACUUUUUUAUGUGAUCGAGGGCUUCUUGGAUAUCCUUCUACCUGAGUCUACUGGGCCUGGUGCGUCGAAGCGAGAUUCGCCCCCCCCCUCGGUGAAAACGGAAUCGCCCGCUUUCGAGAAACAUGCCACUUCACGGACCCCCAAGGGCCCCUCCCCCAAGGACCUGCCGAAGCCUCUGUUCACUGUCAAGCCCGGUGGGAUUGCAGGAUAUCUUUCCUCGUUGUGCAACACCGCGUCUUACGUGGACAUUAAGGCCAAGACCGACACUUACGUUGGCUUCCUUCCCGCGAAUGCAUUGGAGAGGUUGCUCGAAAAGAGGCCCAUAGUUCUGCUUACAUUGGCGAAGCGUUUGAUUUCGCUGCUUUCCCCUCUCGUGUUGCACAUUGACGGCUCUCUCGACUGGGUGCAAGUCAACGCAGGGCAGGUUCUCUGGCGCCCUGACGAUGUCAGCGACAGCUUCUACAUCGUAAUCAACGGCCGUCUACGAGUUAUCUCUGAGAAGGAGGGCGGCGGCGUAACCAUCCUUGCUGAGUAUGGUCAGGGUGAUACGGUUGGCGAGCUUGACGUCAUCACCAGUUCCCCCAGGCGGAAUACACUGCACGCUAUCCGAGACACCGAGCUCAUACGCAUGCCACAAACACUAUUCAAUGCAAUCUCCUCCAGACAUCCAGCUACAACUGCACAGUUUCUGCGCACGAUAGCGUCUCGCGUUACGACUGAAGUCGACUUUUCGACGAGAAACGCACCCCUUGAGUCCUCCCGUAGCAACAGCAAUCUGAAGACAGUCGCCAUCAUACCGUCUUCUCGCAACGUCCCCAUCGAAGCCUUCGGCCGCAAGCUCUAUGCUGCGCUCGAAAGUAUCGGUGCUCCCACUUUUUACCUCAACCAGUCAUCUGUGUCAGACCAUCUUGGUAGACAUGCUUUCACGCGCAUGGGCAAACUGAAGGCGGCGGGGUGGCUGGCGGAGCAAGAGCAAAAGUAUCGUAUCGUGCUUUACGUCGCGGACUCGGCUGCGGACUACGUGGUGGUUGUUGGAGCGGGUGAAGAUUCCUCGCUAGGAGAGUACGAGAGAUUACUGCUAUCCAUGAAGACGACUGCGAGGAAGGAGCUAGUUCUUCUUCAUCCUGACCGAACUGUGGUGCCAGGAUCUAAUCGUGCGUGGCUGAAGAACCGUCCGUGGGUCCACCAACAUCUACACGUAAAGCUUCCUGGUAUCAUUGUUUCAGUGUCACGUACGACACCUCUUCCGCAAGAGCCUGCCGCAGUGACUGCAUUGAAGAACCUCAAGAACAGGCGAGGUCCGCAUACAAACGACUUCGCUUGCCUUGCUCGUCGGAUAUGUGGGAGAUCGAUUGAGGUCAUUUUCGGUAGAGGCAGUGCUCGUGGCAUCUCCCACCUAGUAAGCGUCCUACGUGCGCUAGAAGAAUACGAUAUAUCAGUGGGCCACUUGGAGUUCGACGCAGGUAUAGACACAAGUAUUGGUGCAUUUCUUGGUGGAUUAUGUGCCCGAGAAGGUGAUAUCUGCUCGAGUGCAGCCCGUGUGACGCAAUUCAGCGGACGAAUGGGGAACAUCUGGCGUAUCUUGUCCGAUGUCACGUACCCCAUGGUGGCCUACACUACUGGCCAUGAAUCCAAUCGUUCCAUCUACAAGGCAUUCUACGAUCUACACAUUGAAGACAUGUGGCUCCUCCAUUUCAGUAACUCAACGAAUAUCAAUACCUCGCCUAUGGUCUCGACCAUGUCAAUGGGUACGAGCGCAGUCAUUGCCUCCGACAUAGGCUCCCUAUCGGCUAACCGUUGGAAUCCUUUCUCGAGCGCACAAAGCGCGUCCGCUAUCACUAAGAUCCAAAGUAGGCUCGCCUAUGCCAAUACCCUCGAGAAAACCAAGGUCGCGCGAGGCUGUAUGUAUAUGCAGAUGCCUGUGCAGGAGGGAUGUCUUCCCUCGGUGUACGUGGGCGAGAAGAACAUACCACCAGCGGCUCGAACCAAGGGCCGCAGCGCACGGCGUAAUUCCAUCUGA